AUGAGCUGUCAAAAUUUGUUUUUCAAUCUCAAAAAGCUUGCUACUUUACGACUCUCCAAAAUUUCCGGUCACACAACUGAACUGUUAGAGAUUCAGUCUGAUAAACCCACAUUUCAUGUUCUCUUUAUCCCCGGAAACCCAGGUGUUGUUUCAUAUUAUAAGGAUUUUUUGGAAUCCCUGUAUGAGUUGCUUGGAGGAAGUGCUUCUAAAUGGGAGCGUGGGAAGUUGUUCUCCUUACAAGAACAAAUUGAUCACAAGGUUGAUUUCAUUAAGCAGGAACUGCAAAAUAAUGAACUUCCCGUAGUACUGGUUGGGCACUCUAUUGGUUCUUACAUAUCACUUGAAGUACUAAGGAGGUCUCUGGAGAAGGUGUCAUAUGUAAUAGGACUAUACCCUUUUUUAAUGUUGAAUCCACUAUCAAAGCAACAGUCUAAUAUUGAGAAUCUCGCAGAGUCCUCCAUUUUGUCUGCUUUACUUAGUUUCGGUAUAGCAUGCUUGGGAUUGCUACCUCAGUGUGCUUUAAAGUUGAUUCUGUCAAAAUCUAUUGGGAGUUCAAUGUCUGAUACUGCCAUUGAUGCUACUUGUAGUCAUUUGCUGCAGUACCAUACCAUCCGAAACGUGCUUUACAUGGCAUUGACGGAAUUCAGAAAGCUUUCUGAAACACCAGACUGGGCUUUCAUGAGAGAGAAUCAAGAGAAAGUUGCUUUCUUAUUUGGUGUUGAUGAUCACUGGGGUCCGUUGCAAAUGUUUGAAGAGAUUUCAAAGCAGGUCCCUGGUAUUGCUCUAUCGAUUGAAAGGGAAGGCCAUACUCAUAGUUUCAGUUGCACCGAGGCUGGCUCAGUAUGGGUUGCCCAGCAUGUAGCAAGCUUGAUUGAGAAGCAAUUAUCAAGCUGA